AGGAAGAAAAGUGUCCUGAAUAUGGGAGGCAAACAAAAGAAAGUGACCCCAGUCAGUGACAACCUGAAAAAUACUGGACAAGAAAAGGGAGACAUAAAAGAUCACGAAUGCUCAUUGAUUUAUGAAACUAAGAUGGAGAGAAAUCAGUCUACAGACCUAAAUGGUUUUGAUACGAAGGUGAUUAAGUUUAAUAGGCUGGAAGAAAUCAACAUACGAUACAAUGGUAGCAGACUGGGAAAAAUAGCCUUUUUUGAGUGCUUGAAAAAAGUGGAGAAGUUGAUCACAGACCAGAAAACAAUAGAGAAGUCAUAUUUAAGAGUGCAAGGAACAAAAAAUGUAAAAAAGCAGAACUUCUCCGAUUCCACAGAGGGAGCCAUCCAGAAGAAUGAGUCCUUCUCUCACACAGAAAGGGUUCAUAAGCUCAACAAGGAAAAUACUGAAAAGGCAAAUGGCUUUUUGAUUCAAGAGCCAAACAACAAAGGGAAAGGUUUGGAAUGCUACUAUCAAUACAGAGGGAGCUCUGUUCAAAACAGGGAAGAGGAUACUGUUGAUGGCAACAGUCAAUGGAUAAAGGACAAAGAAGAAAGAGAGGAGAGUAAAUCCCUGGAAGGUGGGAAGAGGCUUGAUGGACAGGAUGCCUCUGCUGAAGAAAGGCAAGAGGAGGAAGAUGGAGAAGCAGAAGAAGAGGAGGAGGAGAAGGAUGCAGCAACUGUGUCCCAAAAUGAAGAUGAGAGACAUGGUGAUGGGGAUCCAUCACAAAGCCAGGGCCAAGAUGGACUGCCCCAAAGGUAUAAAGGAAAUGAAAAAGUUAAAGGAAAGGAAUCUGCAAGAACAGACUCCCAGAACACCGAGCAGAAUUGCCAAUUUGAGCACAGUAUUAGCAGCAAACUUCGAGUGAAUGAGGAAGGCUUCAUGAAAGAUGACAACAAAGAGAGCAGGGUAGAUACGGAGAGCGCUGGUGACAAGCAGGAACCUGAAGCUAUUAAACCAAAUGCCCCACAAGAACUAGAAUCAGCUGAUUCUACUGGAACAGAGAGUGAGACCCAUGCAGAAGCAUCUAUAGAAGAUGAUGAUUCUGUGGCUUUGAAUGAUGAUAGCCAAACUCUUCCAGCACCAUUUGAUCAUCGAAUCGUCUCAGCAAAAAGUGCGGGGAUCAGCAGUUAUUAUUAUGUCAACAAGAAGGACGUUCUUGGACAAGGGAGAUUUGGUCAGGUGCACAAAUGUAAAGAAAAAGCAACUGGUCUCCAGUUAGCAGCAAAAAUUAUAAAAGCCAGAGGUUCUAAGGAAAAGAAUGAGGUUAAGAAUGAAAUCAAUGUCAUGAACCAGCUGAACCACGUGAACCUUAUCCAGCUGUAUGAUGCCUUCGAAUCCAAAAAUGACAUUGUUCUGGUCAUGGAAUAUGUGGAAGGAGGAGAAUUAUUUGACCGAAUUAUUGAUGAAAACUGCAACCUGACAGAGCUGGAUACUAUCUCAUUCAUAAAACAGAUCUGCGAAGGCAUUCAACACAUGCAUCAGAUGUACAUUCUUCAUUUAGAUUUGAAGCCUGAGAAUAUCCUGUGUGUGAAUCGAGAUACUUAUCAAAUAAAAAUUAUUGAUUUUGGAUUGGCCAGAAGAUACCAACCAAGAGAAAAACUUAAAGUGAACUUUGGAACUCCAGAAUUCCUUGCACCUGAAGUUGUGAACUAUGACUUUGUCUCCUUUCCCACGGAUAUGUGGAGUGUAGGUGUCAUUGCCUAUAUGCUGCUCAGUGGAUUGUCUCCUUUUCUGGGUGAUGAUGACAACGAGACCCUCAACAAUAUCCUGGCUUGUAAUUGGGAGUUUGAAGAAGAGGAAUUUCAAGAAGUCUCUGAAGAUGCCAAAGAUUUCAUCUCAAAGCUUCUCAUCAAGGAAAAAUGCUGGAGAAUGAGUGCAACCUCUGCCUUAAAACAUCCUUGGUUAUUGAACCAGACACUUCACUGCAGACUCCAAAAUCAGGAGAAGGCUAAGUGCAGCUCAGAGUCUCAAGCACCCAUGGAUCAAUGACCUUUCUGAGAGGGCAGCCAGAUGAAAGAAAAGCUGCUGUGUGGUUACUGCUGCUAAGAGUUUUGGAAAUAUCAGCAGUUCUGGUGCUUCCACUCCCCGUGAUGACUUGAGGCUUUUACUAAGUGGACCAAUACCACUUUAGCUGCAGGAUAAGUCCCAGCAUUACUGAGCUGCUGCUGCUUGAUUCAGCUUUCAGAAGAGAAAUGCUGCUAUCAAAGUUCACAGAAAGGUGUUUCUGCUCAGUCACCAUGUAUUUCAUGCCUGAGAUCACUAUCCUAGUGUGGAUUUAGAAUGAUAUUAACUCUGUUCUUGUCUUGCUUUCCUGAAUUACCUAUCUGAGAUUUUUGGGAGAUUAAAGCUCUGAUAGCUCCUUCUCAUCUCAGCCCAGCAAGCAGAAUAUUAUUUCAUUGCAAAUGUAACUGAGGUUGAUUUGAAAUUGAACACUAAAAAUGCUUUGCAAAAAAAAAUAAAAAAAUAAAAAAGACUAGUAGACACUUCAAUACUGGAGAUUCAAGAUCUGAUUCUCCUCUCACACUAGUAUGAAUAAGGAUUAAGUCACCAAAGGUAAAGCUAUACAGUGAAAUGUAACAAAGCUGUCUCUGUGGUUAGGCAUCUCUUUUGAGUAGGCUGUAUAAAGGAUUACCUUUAUCUUUUUUCAGCAUGUAACCAGCAUUGUAACUGAGGGGAGAUUGAUACGGGAAACUGCCCCAGUCCUUCACUGAACCAUCCCAGCCAAGUGUGUGUAUAACCUGCUUGUGAAAAUUUCCAAGGACAGAGAUUCUACCACCUCCCGAGGUCCAUGUUUGACCACCCUCAUAGUCAGAAAGUUCCUCCUAAUCUCCAACCUAAAUUUGCUCUGCUGCAGCUUGAGGCCAUUGGUUAUAAUCCUGUCCCCUACAGCCACAGAGAAAAUCCCAUCUCCAUCCUCUCUGUAAUCACCCUUCAGGUAUUUGAAAACUAUCAAGUCCCCGCUUCAUCUGUUCUUCUCCUGAUUAAAUAACCCUAGUUCUUUCAGCCUUUCCUCAAUAAGUCUUGCUUCCCAGGCUCCUUAUCAUUUUUGUCACUCAGUGCUGGACACUUUCCAAUUUGCUCAGAAAUUGGAUGCAUGAGCCUACAUCCAGUUACACCCUUUACUUCAAUAGAGAAUUAUUUUGCUUCCAUUACUUUGGACCUAUGCCAAUGUGACCAUAGUAUCUCUAGUGAAGUCAGUGAAAUGGUAUUAGUGUAAAAUUAGUGAGAGGAGAAUCAGUCCUCAAUCACAACCUAGACUAGGGGGACUGGCUCUUGAAACUUGACAAAAAUUUUCAACCAGUUUUCUUUUGUCUUUAUUGUACUUCACAGCUUGCAAAGGGGACUGGGAAUGUUUGUGACCCUUGGCAAGUCACCAAAACAGUCUGAGCUUCAGAUAUUGCAUCUGUAAAGUAGUGAUAUUGGCUUGCCUUUGUGUAGUACUUUUUGGCUUUAAUGACAACAUAAAUGCCAAGCAUCAUUAUUAUCUGACAUAUCACUGUGGCUUGAAAUAUACUUGGCCAAUUCAUUUCUAAUUAAACAAUAUGUUAGGACGUAUCUUUGAAACUAAUGGAAAAUAUGGAAAAUAAUUAUAGUAAAAGGCAUCAGAGACAGCCCAAGUUAACAGCAUUUGAAUGGCAAUAAUCCCCACCCAAUGAGCUGUUUGUCAUACAUUUGCCCAUUCAAUAUAAAAUGUAAAGAAGAGAGUUUAAUGCUUUAUAUUCAUCGGACAUCACAGAUGUGAUAUCACUGAUUGAUAGUCACACAACUCCAGUUCUGUCCAAAGUUGUGAAGCCAUUUUGUUACAUAUUUUGAGUUGUGCCAGCAAAUGAAGAGUAUUGCUCACCUGAGAGAAUGCUGCAGACUAAGGCUUAUAAUUAAUGCUAUUGUAUUGUAUUGUAUUGAAUGUUGCAUUUACUCGCGUGCAUAUAGCAUUAUCAGACCAAAUUAAGGAAACUCUUAGGAAAGCAGACAAAGCACUCUCCCUUUCUUACCUCCUGUUCAAAGUCCAAGGUCAUACACACAGUCUCCAUCUUUAUCCCUACUCCUAAUACAGAUAAAGUUGCACUAUCAUCAAUGGAAAUGGGCCUGGGAAAGAACUGAUUAAAUCUGAGCAAGGAAACUAGGAUGUGAUCUUUCAAAGGAUGCAGCAAGCUGCUUGCUUUAAUCGCCAUUCUCAAUUGUCUUUCCCGAAGUGCGAUAACUACAGAACACCUUUCUGUAAAGUUGGAACUUAUAUGAUAUGCCAAUAUCCUGAUGACCUGAUAUUGUUAGCUGCUUGCAUAAACAACUCAGUGAUGAUACUGAAAACAGCAGGCUAAAAUUGGAAUAAUAAGAUUUUGCUACACAUUUCAGUGCCAGUAACAUGUAUUUCUUUACCUUAAUGUUCUUUAAAUGGAUAAGCAAAAGUUGCAUGUAAUUUUGAAUCUUGAUAGCUAUACUAAAAUAACUGUGUGCCUAUAGUCUUAGAACUACUAUCUAUGUAAAUAUUAAGUUGAACUGAUGAUAUUUGAUGUUUGUGGGAAAUGAAGAACCUAUGAAUACUGGAGUAAUAAUUAAGAGCUUGAUGAUGCCUUUUAAGAAAUAAACCCAUGUUAGGAAGGUUGAAAAUAAAUUGCACCAAGUCAGCCAUGGUCUAAGAGAACAUGGUCUCCACUACACUCUUUUAUAGGAUGCAGUAUAUUGGUACCCUCACACACAUAAGUACACACCUGUGUUUUCACAUAUGUGGCGAUAUACUUCCAGUGGCUACCACUAAAGGCAUGGGACCCCAAGAUCCCCACCCACUUUGGGAUUUCUAGCACACCUGUCAAAGUCAGCCCUAAAUUUUCUUUGGACGUCAAAGACACAAGAAUUAGGCUUGACUUUAGUCUCAUCUUAGAGGAAUUCUCUCCCUCAUUAAUGCAUCUAUAUAGGGCCAGAUCCAGUAUGGAUCUAUUAGUAUACUAGAGGGACUUGGCUUUCACUCAGAUACAAGAUAAGGGUCAGCUAAAACCUUUUCCAUGCUAAUCUCUCUCUUUCCAUUUCUCAUUCUUGCACUGUUACCAAUGCAUCUCCAUCACUGGUUAAAGAUAUGAGAUAGCCCAGGCUGUUAACAUCUGAUGGAUUUUAGCAAGAUGUCAUUUGGUACAGUGAAAUGGUAUUGUCUGGUUCCUAAAAUCUAAUGCAAGUGUAAUACUUGCAACAAAGAUAUCAGCAAGGAAGUGCAAGAAACAUUACAACAAGCAUUAUUGUUCCUGGUUAUCAUAUUGAUUUUGUUUCUGUAGUGGAGUGAGAUUAAGAUGAUGAGGAGAAAGACUACCUGUACAUAGUUAUCAUUAAUACUUUUCAUUAUUAUUAGCAACAAAUGGCUUAAGUAACUUAGUGCUUAUGUUGGUAUGCUAGCUAAAAAAAUGUCUCAAAUGGUAUUUAUUUGUUCUCUGAUCAUUGUAAUUUUAGUAAAAAAAAAAAAUACUUGACACGUAGCUGCAUUAGUAGAGUUUUGGAAAGCAUAAUUCUGUCUCAUUGCACUUUGAACAGCAUGAUGUUGUGUUCUGUUUGUUUGUGUUCUGUUGGGUUUUUUUAAUAUCAUGUACCAUGUAUAGCAGCUACAGAUUGCUACAUUCAAUUAUUAUUUUAACAAAUCAUUAUGGAUUUUCUACUAGGUUAUGAAAAGUAAUUUUCAAAAGCAAGUUGAGUGAAUGAGUGUGUUUGCUUACUGAUAUUUCUUGCUGUGUAUCGCUGUAAAGAUUUGAUUGGGAAACUGUGAAUUACUGUAAUUGAGAGAAGGCUUGGGUGUGAAGGGCACUUUAUUAGCUAUGGUUACCAUGUUCAGCUGUAUAUUCACAGAUAGGCAGAGAUGGCUGCAACUGCAACCAAAGAACAGAGUAAAACAGGAGCAUCAGUAAAUGGGUAAGGAGGAAAAAGGUGUCAAGAUGCAGUAUCCAACUAUAAAUAUUACCAUAUUUUUCUUGGCGCAGAAAAGUUAUGGGCCAGAUUGUGGCAGUACAGUAAUUUACACAAACUGAGGUUUUGAGCCUAAGACUUAUGUACAACCUCUCUGUUACAUUGUGUAAAGAAAAAUAAUAACUAUUUGUUCAUGAGAGGAAAUCUGCAAAUAUGCCAUUACAAUGUCUUUGAGGUGAUGUUCAAUAGGAAGUCAGUAGGGAGUGAAGGCUCUCAGAUGCUUCGAAGAGGUACUCAAUAUCUCAGAAGAUACUGUUCUUGGAGCAUCCAUACUUUGCCUGUUUAGGCACCAUGUGACAAACACCACCUAAAUAAAUCUUGGAGUGCCCAUAAGAGUUAGGAUUAAUUUUUGCAAAUAAAACAGAGAGAUGAAGUGACUUGCCCAGGACGAAACACUGAGAUCAGAAUUAAUUGAUCUGAGAUAUAAAACAUACUCAGUCCUCUAAAUAAGAUAUGGGUAGCUUUUCAAUUUGUUAUGCAUGUUGAAUACCAUGGAAAUUAUGACUGAGUUUUACUAUAAACAACAUACGCAAAGUUAUACAUAUAAAGAAGCACAUCCUUACAUGAUAGAUGGUUUGACACCAUAUGAUAAUCUAAAUAUUACAUCUGAAACUAAAGUUAUUUAUUAAAAUUCACACAAGUCAGAUGUUUUCAAGAGGCAUGUGCUGUACGUCACUGAGUUGAGACAUUGGCCUCAAUUCUGCUUUCUACAGGACACACAGAAUAACACCAAUCCUAUUCCACAGUUCCUAUGGUCACAAUGAAAGAAGUAUUUGGUCCAUCUUUUAUGACACAAGCAGUAUAGGAGCCUAGUAUUAGGGGUGAAACUAGUUUCUGCGCCCUGAGUACUGUUUACUGAUCAAAAGGGAAAAAACUGCUGCCCAAUAUUAAAAAAAAAUCAUCCUAAUGUUUAGCCAGUACAUGCAUUUUUCUGAUAGUGAUACCAGCAAUGUAACAGUCUAGAAAUUAUACCAUCUCUCCUACUGUUUGUAUCGCAAAUUAAUUAUGGCUUUUUUCAGCAGACUGACUCCCACCAACAGAUGCCAUUGAGAAACAUUAGCAUCAUUAGCAAAGUUCAGACAAUAGAAAUCUGAAAACAAAAUUACAUGGUCGCAUAGCUACUUCUGACCUUGUGGACUUUCAGAACAUGACAGUGAGCAAAAUGAAAGCAAGUUUCCUUUAACAGCCAUGCUUACACCAGUUAUAACAGCAUUUGGAACAUAAGUAAGCAUUUAAAAUAGUUCAUUCUUCCUGCCUUCCAAAAUAAAUGUUGCAUCUUUACACAUCAUGUUUAUUGUCAAUAUAUAGUCGCAAUUAUGUCUAGUGGGAAUGCGAAUAACAUUGCAUGAAUCCAUUUAGGGACAUUAGACAGUCAAUUUCACCUUCCAUGAAGGCUUAUAGGUCAGCAACUAACUACCUAUUUAAAACUGCAUCAAGGUAUCGCUUUGUAAAUAUGUUGUGAAGCUAUACUGUUGAAGUCAAUUAAAAAUGCAAUUGAUCACACCUAGCUGAAGUAGCACUCAUGUUUGUGUGUCUGACAGCAAAUUUUAAAAUUAGAGGAAUGGUGUAACAGAGCUAGGAAUAUAAAAUGUGCGUAUGCUUCUGCAAUGUAUAAUUUUGUUCUUGGACAACAUUUUUUGUAGUUAACACUUAUAUCUAUGGUAUGUAUUAUUUGUGAAAAACAUAUAGCAAUCAUGUAUGCAAACUAUUACAGAAUAAAUACUAAU